AUGCCGUACGCGUCCGAAUCAUUCUUGCGCACCGCCGCUCGCGAAGGGAAGAAAAUGUGGCCGUUUUUAGCCGGUUUCGCCUUCGUCGGUGCAGCGGUCACGUAUUCGACGACGACGAUUACGAGCGAGGAUAAAAAAGCGAGCAAGUUUCUCAAUCCUGGGGGGCAUUAA